UAAAUAGUUUCACAAACACAUUGAGACAAAACAAUAGCUCUCCCACCUGAUCCCAUGGAUCUAGGAACUGACGGGAGUCAACCACCAGGAAGUUAGUCCCUGUGCUGCCCGAUUCAGAAAUUUGCCGAGGAAGUGGAAACUUUGCGAAACCAUGGACACAUUUAUUGUACUGUUUUACUGUUUGCCCGCUGAAGAAAGCGCCGUGAGUUUACAAAUCUAGCCUCUGCAGGUGAUAUCCUAGAAAAACAAAUUAUGUUUAUUUUCGGGGAAAAAAAGAAUAACAAAAAUCAUUGGGGGGGGGGGGUCUCAUAACUUUCAGUGAGUUCGCCGCAGCUUCGAGUUCCUCUUGGGAAUAAGUGAAAUCAGAUUGAAGUCCUGAUGCACAACGACAGCUAAGAGUUGGAUAGAAUUUCUGCGCUUUCUAUAUAUAUCUCAGUGAUUUCAUGCCAGCGGAGACUUUAAAUGCCACCUAACAGUUGGCGUCGACAUAUUCCUCUGCAGUUGGUGCUGGAGAUAACUUCAGACUAAAAAGCCCCAUUGAUAAUGGAGCUUUUCGAAACCAACCCUUAUUACUUUACAGACCAACGCUUUUUCGAUAGCGAAAAUGUGUUCCCCUCCCGCUUGCAGGGGUUUGAGCAGACCGUCUACCAGGAGCGGCUGGGGAGCGGGUUGUGUACCGACGCCAGGUCUCUGGAAGGCAGCUUGGACGAGCACGUGUACUCGGUGUCAGAGCUCCAACAGCAACAGCAGCAACACCAGCAGCAGCAGGCACAGCAGAGCUGCCCCGGCCAGUGCUUGCUGUGGGCGUGCAAGACCUGCAAAAGGAAAUCCGUCACCUUGGACAGGAGGAAGGCGGCUACCCUGAGGGAGAAGAGGAGGCUGAAGAAAGUCAACGAGGCUUUCGAGGCUCUGAAGCGCAGCACUUUGCUGAACCCCAACCAGAGACUGCCCAAAGUGGAGAUUCUCCGCAGCGCCAUCCAGUACAUCGAGAGGCUCCAAGCUCUUCUCAGUACCUUGAACCAACAGGACAAACUGCACUACAGUGGCAGCAACACACGUCAAGCGGUCGGAGUUCCCAGCGAGUGUGGAUCAAACAGCGCCUCCUGCAGUCCGGAGUGGAGCGGCUCCUCUGACCAUUGCAACACUUCGUUCAACAAUCCCAGAGAUCACUUACUAUCUGUGAAUAAGGCCCAGUCAUCUGGAAGUACCAGCUUGUGUUCUCUCACUUCUAUAGUGGACAGUAUCACACCAGAGGACUCACCCAGCUAUCUAGAGGACAACACCCCAAACUGAAUGAUAAUCUUUGGCUUUUCCAAUCUGUCUUUUUUAUAAUUGAAGCUUUUUUUAUUUUUAUACAGUUUUGAUGUGUGUUGUGCAUAAGGUUUGUUGAGUCAAAACGGUUGCUUUAUUAGAGAAAAUAAGUCAUUCCUAAUUCUUAAAGCUGUAUAAAAUGGCCAAUCAUUUUUUUAUGGAGCUUUAUGACCAAUGUGUGCUUUUGGAACCAGAGUCAAAAAUAACUGUUGUAAAUAUACAUUUCUCCUUUUUACCACUAAUUUCUUU